AAUAAUAUAUUUAAAAUUCGUUCAAAAUCUUAACCGAUGGUUUUGCCUUUUUUCCGUUUUGUUUCCUUGUAUCACAGCCAUACGCAUAUCAUACGUUUCUCACACCCAUUUUUAAGAACCCGACCUCUCCCACCAUCUCAUCACCUCUUGCCGGCAAUUACGAAACCAUGAAAUUCAAUACCUUUCUUCUCUUCCUUUUCAUUGCCAUAACCUUCCUCUUUCUUUUCGCCAGGAACCAUCCUCCGUUCGCUCCGCCACCCGAUGUGAUCGCCCUCCUAGACUGCGCUCCUGACUCUCCAUCCCCCUGGUGCAUCCGUCUUCAAUCCAAUAAACCACCACAUGUGUCCGACACCCCCAAUCACCCUCUCGACCCUCUCACCAUCAAAGAAAUCAACAUGGUCCGCUCCAUCCUCUCCUCCCAUGCCCUCUUCAACUCCUCUAACCCUUACGCCUUCCACUCCAUCGAUCUGGAAGAGCCCCACAAAGAACAAGUCAUCCAGUGGACAAAGGCCGACCCUCUUCCACCCAGACUGGCCUCUGUUGUCGCGCGGGUAGACGGACACUCGCACCUCUUCACUGUCAACUUGGAAACCACUCAAGUCACGGUUCACAACACCGUCCCUCGCUCUGGUUAUCCCACCUUAACGUUUGAGGACUUGACUUCCACCAUUUGGGCUCCCCUGUCCAACGCCGAGUUCAACCGCACCAUCACCAACCGUGGUGUUGAUUUGGCUGACCUGGCAUGCUUACCGAUGUCCUUAGGAUGGUAUGGGAAGAAAGAGGAGGGCAGGAGGUUAAUUAAGAUAGGAUGCUACUCCAAGAAAGACACUCCAAACUUCUACAUGAGGCCUAUCGAAGGCCUGAUUGUCCUCCUCGACAUGGACACCAAAGAGGUGUUGGAAAUUUCGGACCAGGGUCGGAAUAUCCCCAUUCCCAAGGCCGCCAACACUGACUAUCGGUACGCGGCGCAACAGCAGAAACUGAACCUGGUAAACCCGAUAUCCAUCGAGCAGCCAAAAGGUCCAAGCUUUGUGGUUGAAGAUGAACACUUAGUGAAAUGGGCAAACUGGGAAUUCCACCUGAAAGCAGACCCGAGAGCAGGGGUGAUCAUUUCUCGGGCAAAAGUCAGGGAUCCAGAUACAGGGGAGAUGAGGAACGUCAUGUACAAAGGGUUCACGUCAGAGCUGUUUGUGCCUUACAUGGACCCUACGGAUGCCUGGUAUUUCAAAACAUAUUUGGAUGCAGGUGAGUACGGGUUCGGAUUGCAGGCUAUGUCGCUUGACCCACUUAACGAUUGCCCCAAGAAUGCGUACUAUAUGGACGCUGUGUUUGCGGCAGCAGAUGGCAAACCGUACGUCCAGCCCAACAUGAUUUGCGUCUACGAGAGCUAUUCCGGUGAUAUUGGGUGGAGGCAUACUGAGAGUCCGAUCACCGGAAUGGAGAUUAGAGAGGUGAGGCCGAAGGUGACACUGGUGGUUAGAAUGGCUGCAUCGGUAGCUAACUAUGACUACAUCGUUGAUUGGGAGUUUCAAACAGAUGGACUAAUCAGAGUUAAGGUUGGACUUAGUGGCAUUUUGAUGGUGAAAGGGACUAAGUAUGAGAACAUGAGACAAGUGCCUGAGCAGGAAAAUCUCUACGGUACACUUCUGUCUGAAAAUGUGAUAGGAGUCAUCCACGACCAUUACGUUGGCUUCUACCUUGACAUGGACAUAGAUGGCUCUGAUAAUUCCUUUGUCAAAGUUAAUAUCAAAAGGCAGGACACUUCUCCUGGAGAGUCACCUAGAAAAAGCUACCUCAAAGCUGUAAGAAAUGUCGCCAAGACUGAGAAAGAUGCACAGAUUCAGCUAAAGCUCUACGAUCCCUCUGAGUUCCAUGUCAUCAACCCCACCAAAAAGACACGGAUCGGAAAUCCUGUAGGGUACAAAGUGGUUCCCGCUGCCACUGCUGCUAGCUUGCUUGACCAUGAUGAUCCACCGCAGAAGAGAGCUGCAUUCACCAACAACCAGAUAUGGGUUACUCCAUACAACCGGAGCGAGCAAUGGGCUGGAGGCUUGUUUACGUACCAGAGCCAUGGUGAAGACACACUUGCUGUGUGGUCUGAAAGAGAUCGACCCAUCGAGAACAAAGACAUUGUAGUGUGGUACACACUAGGCUUCCACCACAUACCAUGUCAAGAGGAUUUCCCCAUCAUGCCGACUGUCUCCGCAAGUUUUGAUCUGAAGCCAGUUAAUUUCUUUGAGAGAAAUCCCAUUCUUGGAGUUCCACCUAAUUUUGAGUAGGAUCUACCUGUUUGCAACAGCUGUUUCUGCAUAAAACACUCAUUCUGCACUUCCUCCAGGCAGAGUAUAGCAACCCAACAAAAUAAAAAUUGUAAGUCGUA